CUGGGGGCACGCCCCUUUUCAUUGAUUAGCCGCUUGGCGGAUGACGUCAGCAGCCCGGAGCUAGGCAUCCUGAGCGCCGUUCAGAGGUGAAGACCUCGGUGGUGACGUUCCGCCAUGACUUCUCUACGGGAACGUUUCAACAACUACCUGAAGGGGGAUAAUGUCGUGUCGCGGCUCCUGGGGAAGGUGGAGCAGAAGACUGGCGUCAAGAAGUACUUCUUGGCUACCGGCUCCCUCUGCUCUCUGGGCUUGUACCUGGUAUUUGGCUAUGGGGCUUCUCUGAUCUGCAAUUUGAUUGGCUUUGUGUAUCCUGCUUACACUUCAAUUAAGGCCAUUGAAAGUCCAGACAAAAAAGAUGACACGAUAUGGCUGACGUACUGGGUGGUCUAUGGAGUGUUCAGCUUGGUAGAAUUUUUCUCGGACAUUUUCCUCUUCUGGUUUCCAUUUUACUAUUUGGGAAAGUGUGCGUUCUUGCUGUGGUGUAUGGCACCUUUCUCAUGGAAUGGAUCCCAGAUUCUUUAUAGCCGCUUCAUUCUGCCAUUCUUCCUAAAGCACCAUCAGACUGUGGACAGUGUAGUGAGUGAUUUGAGUGGUCAGGCUUUGAGCACAGCAGAAAAUGUGACGAGACAAGUCCUGCAGACACUAACAAGCAGCAGACCUCUUCUGGCCCAUGACGGGGGGCAACAGGCCCUUCCCAGCACGUCUCAGUCAAAGGAGCAGUAAAUUAUUCGCUGGAAACUGAAAAGGACAAAUGACACACACCCUGAAGUUAAUUAAACAUUCUCCAAUUUAAAGACUGAUUGAUUUAUCUUUUCUUCUUCCUAAAUAUCUGUUUUUCUGUCCAAUAUUCUCCAGAGUUUGCAUACUGAAAUGUACCACCGAAUUCUGUUAUAUUCGAUCAGUGUAGGAUUUAUGAAGUGAAAGUCUGUACUUAGGGUGU